ACGUCUUUGUGAGGUCAAUUAACAUAACUCUUUUUAUGUAAAACAGCACUGUAAAUAUGGAUGACAGACUUCACUAGUUGCUUUGACGUGUGUGCUUAUGAGUAGAGGUAUCACUCUCACAAACUUCUGUUGCCGUUUCUGCUGUUUGAAUUUUGCUUCUGACACUAGUUUGCCACAACCAUGUUUCAUCAACAAGGUGAUGCUGGAUUAUUACAGUCAGUUGAAAUGCAAGACCUGUAUGGCCCGGAACAGGAACAUUCAAGCAAAAAGAAACCGAAUGAUGAAAACCCAGUUAGAGGGAAUUGGUCGAGGAAAGGGGAGUUUAUCCUGGCUUCACUGGGUUACGCUGUCGGUCUUGGUAACUUGUGGCGAUUCCCGUAUUUAUGUUUUAAAAAUGGUGGAGCAACGUUCCUGAUUCCCUACUUUAUUGUGUUCUUUGCGGCUGGAAUACCAAUUUUCUUCACGGAAAUGGCACUAGGUCAGUUUUCCAGUCUGGGAAGUGUCUCCGUGUGGAAGUUGGCGCCGAUGUUCAAAGGAAUUGGUUGGGCUAUGGUAAUCAUCAGUGCGUUUGUGUCUAUAUAUUACAACGUUGUACUGUCCUGGGCGCUAUUCUAUUUGUUCGCUUCGUUCAGCGACUUGCCCAGCUUGCCCUGGGUUGGAUGCGGAAAUGCAUGGAACUCGGAUAAAUGUUUUGACGAUAGAGAUCUUAAUUCCACGGUCAACGUUACCGCUGUACGAGCCAAUCUACCCAACGACACAGUCAGGCCGACAGACGAAUAUUUUGGUGGCUUCGUGUUAGAAACUAGUACAGGCGUAUUCGAUAUGGGUGGCAUUAAAUGGCAAUUAUCACUCUGCCUUCUGUUAGCUUGGAUUCUCGUGUAUCUCUGUAUCAUUCGUGGCAUCAAAUCAGCGGGCAAGGUUGUUUACUUUACAGCAACAUUCCCGUAUGUUCUUAUUCUUGUCUUGGUAAUUCGUGGUUGUACCUUGGAAGGCGCCAGUGAUGGCAUCGAGUUCUACAUCGGUAGGGCCAACUGGACGAAACUCGCCGAACCAGAGGUGUGGAAGGACGCGGCGGGUCAAGUAUUUUACUCUCUCAGUGCUGCAUCUGGUGGACUCAGCACUAUGGCAAGUUACAAUAAAUUUCACAACAACGUAUUCGGGGACGCUGUUCUCGUAGCAAUACUUAACGCGUUGACCAGUUUAUUUGCUGGCUUUGCUAUUUUUUCGGUAUUGGGCAACAUGGCGUACGAACUCGACACUGAAGUCAAAGACGUAGUAGAUAGCGGCCCGGGACUGGCGUUUGUUGCUUAUCCAGAGGCGCUAUCCAGACUUCCAAUAUCACCUCUAUGGUCGGUGAUUUUUUUCUUCAUGCUCGUUACACUCGGUAUAGAUUCAAUGUUUGUAAUUGUUGAAACGGUGAUUACAGCUUUACUGGAUGAAUUCAAAUGUUUAUCACGAAAACGUAAAGUGAUGCGAACUGUUUUACCCAUCUUGUAUUGCACAUGCGCAUUCAUCGUUGGAUUACCCCACGUGACCAGGGCUGGGCUUUUUUGGGUGAAUUUGAUGGAUACGUAUGCAUCAGCACUUCCAAUGGUUGUUGUCGGAAUAAUUGAGUGUCUUGUUGUGACCUAUGUAUAUGGCCUUCGAAGAUACUAUAAAGACUUGAAAUCGAUGUUGGGACCACGUGGCAAAUGUUAUUGGAUUAUGUUGUUGGUCGUUAUCUUGAUUCCAUUGGUCAUUGCACCACUGGUUCUCAUUGGAGUUUUGAUUUUCUACGCUUUGGACUACGUACCUGCGCAUCUUGGUGGUUAUAUUUACCCUAGAACUGCAGAUGUUUUGGGUUGGUUUAUCGCAUGUACGUCGCUAGCUGCUAUUGUCUUGUAUAUUCCCUAUUAUUUGAUUUUCAAGCAGAAAGGCAGUUUUGGAAAGCGAUUCUUGAACUCAAUUCGACCAGAAUGGGACUGGGGACCGGCUCUCAAUCGUUUCCGAUACGAAGCAGGGUAUCCAUUAUUACCUGAGGUCGAUGGCCAUGGUGCUGUGUUAAAUCGAGGAUUUGACGGACGAAACACCGACUUAGCUGUAGAUGUAGCGGAGGUGGGGAUACAGUGCGACAUUGGUGACGAGAACUGACGAGUUGUAUCAACAAUUUUAUUGCAAUUUGUACAUAUUUACUAACAUGUCAAUGUUUUUUUUUCAAGUAUGUUUUAAGAUGCACGAAUCAUAGAAAUUGUCGCUCUAAUUGUUUAAAUGAAUUAUGAUGACUCGUAAUGCAUUUUAAUACUUGUUAUAACAUAGAUGCAUAUCGUUUGCAUUAAUUAGGUCGAAGAAUUCAAUACACGUUAACUUCGCCAAGAAACUGUGCCCGUAUUAAUUUGAACGCGGGAAAAUCAGAUAUAACAAAUUCAUGCGUGAUUUUUAUUUAUUGUCCUUUCACACAUACAAUUUUUAACCUAUUGUCUUUAAUACGUUAUGUUAGUUUCGUGAACAUUAAUAAUCAUUUAGUUAUAAUAUGAACGUAAUGGAAACCUAUUAUCGCAGAGGUUUUUUUUUUAAUGUUGAUUAAUAUUUAUAUAUACUGUGUUUGGAUGUAUCAAUUGUCUUUUAUUGCAUUUUACUCAGUCGUAUAUUCGCGUUGUGAAAGGCGGAAUGUGUAGCAAGAAUGAAACAUUUACAGCAAAUAAACUAUUUACUUUGUAUUUCUAACAACAAA